AUGAGUAAAUCAAUGAUUUUAGAAAAUGCGAAUUAGUUUUAUUGUCAAAACAAUCAUAACUAAUAGAUAAUGUUAGUUAUUCUUGAUCCGAAUUUAUAAAAAAAUCAAAGAUUCAUAUGUAAUCUAUGUUUGGAAAAUUUUUAUUCAAAUUACCCCACUAUUGGAUUUUAGAAAAUGACCUAAAUAAUAGAAAAUUUAUAAAAACUGAAAAUGAAAGAAUUGGAAAAUCAAACUACAAAAACAAUUAAAUAAUUAGAAGAGAGAUGUAUAAAAAUUACAUAUGAAAGAAAGAUGUAAUUUAAUAAAUUUUUUGAUUCUCUUAUCAGAAUAGCUGAAGAUUGGAAAAUAGAUUUAGAAUUAUAAAUAAAAGAAUUUUAAAAAUAAAUUAUAUGAUGAAUUAGAUGAUUAUAUUAAAAAAUAAAAUAAUAGGGAAAAUGCAAAUAUAAAACUUAUUAAGAAUACAAGUCGAUCUUGGAUUAAUAAAUUAUACAAUAACUUAAAUUAAUAUAAUUAAAAUGAAGAGAAGAUUUAUUUUAGAGAAUUAAAGCAAUAAUUCAUGUAAAUUAUAAAACAAGAAGAUGAAAUCAAAUUCAAUUUAAUUGAUUAAUCUGUUAAAUAAAGCAUAAAAUGUAAUGCAAUAUCUUUUGAUUCUUCUGGAUAAUAUAUGAUAAUAACUGAAUAUCAAAAUAUAAAAGUAUGGACUUUCAAAAAUGGAAAAAUUAAUUAUUUAUAGACUUUGUAUGGACAUUCUAAAUGGAUUUAAUGUUUAUUAUAUAGUAAGGAAUAAAAUUCCUUUAUUUCAGGUGCAGGAGACAAAACAAUUAGGUGUUGGAAAAAUUAGACAUCAACUUUUUGGAUUAGUUCAAAACCUUAUAAAUAAAAUAGUGUUUGGGUAAUGUGUCUUCUAAUGAAUAAGAAUGAAGAUCUACUCUUUUCUGGAAGUAGUAAUUAUUCAAUAAAAGUAUGGAAGCUUGAUUUUAAUUAAAAUGAAUUAACAUAUCUUUAUUCAUUAAAUAAACAUAAUGAUUAUGUAAUUUCGAUCAGUUUAAAUUAAUUAGAGAAUUAACUAGUAUCUUGUGAACAAAGAAGAAUUAGAUUAUUAUUUGGGAAAGAAAAGAAAAAAAUACUUAUGAAUUUAAAUAUUUUGUUAUACUUGAUUAAAUAAUGA